CUCUACAGCGGUGACACUGUGGUGGUGGUGGCCAUAAGAACUGUACGACUUCGAUUCAGAGAGUCUAGGAAUAUAUAGCUUCUGUUUUAAGAUAUUAUUCACAUCGAGACAUAAAAGCCAUUUUUAAGUAAAUAAAUGCAGCUUAUUUAAUAUAAUUGAUCUGAAUGGAGAUUUAGAAACAUUUUUGUUUGCGAGGGCAAAACUUCUUGAUCAUCUUAUUGAAAACAGUUCAAAUUCGGAGGACAGUUCCACAGUUCAAAGUGUUAUUAGGAACCGUGCGUAACUCUGCUUCUAAUUCCAUUAACAAUUUCCGAACAGCAAUUAUUAUUCGGGAGUCCACGUAACCUCGGAGACCAUCAAAGGGAGACCUUAACUGCAGGUGGCUCGCGGAAAUGAUGACGGCGAUUAGGUUGAUUUGCUCACUAAUGCUGCUUGUGUUGAUGCAUUACGGAGUUCUUGGCGCAAGAAGAUUCCGAGGUGGUCGCAACCCGCAACCACGGCGGGCACCGCCUUCUCCCACAUACCGGGAACGGGGUGACACCACGGAGAGUUUCCCUUUGGAUUUCACCGCGGUGGAAGAGAACAUGGACAACUUCAUGAAACAGGUGAAGAACCUAGCACAGUCCCUCUACCCUUGUUCAGCGCAGAAACUCGACUAUGAUAUGAAGCUGCACUUUUUGGAGAAUUCUUCAGUCACAUGCAACGAUGGAACUCCAGCGGGGUACUACAUGAAAGAGUCCCUAGGGAGUAGACGGUGGUUGAUAUUCUUGGAAGGAGGCUGGUACUGCUUCAACAAAGAGAACUGUGACAGCCGAUACGAAACAAUGAGGAGACUGAUGAGCUCAUCCAAAUGGCCCCAAACCAAAACAGGCACUGGGAUCUUGUCUCCACUUCCAGAGGAGAACCCUCACUGGUGGAACGCCCACAUGGUGUUCAUUCCCUAUUGCUCCAGUGACGUGUGGAGUGGCGCCUCAGCCAAGACUGACCAAAGUGGCUAUGCCUUUAUGGGCUCUCUGAUCAUUCAGGAGGUGGUCAAGGAUCUGCUCACCAAGGGCCUUGAUAAAGCCAAGGUCCUACUGCUAGCCGGCAGCAGUGCUGGGGGCACUGGAGUUUUGUUGAACGUGGACCCCGUUGCUGACCUCCUGGAGAGACGGGGCCACACCACGGUCCAGGUGAGGGGCCUGGCGGACUCCGGCUGGUUCCUGGACAACAAGCAGUACAGGUCCACUGACUGUCACGACACCGUCAGCUGUGCCCCCACCGACGCCAUCAGGAGAGGCAUCAAGUAUUGGGGCGGAGUGGUGCCGGAGAGGUGCCGACUAGCCCACCUGGGGGAGGAGUGGAACUGUUUCUUUGGAUACAGGGUGUUCCCCUCUAUAAAGAGCCCAGUGUUUGUGGUCCAGUGGUUAUUUGAUGAGGCUCAGCUGACCGUUGACAACAUCCAUCUCACCGGUCAGCCCGUCCAGGAGGGUCAAUGGCGCUACAUUCAGAACCUAGGCAUUGAGCUGAGGAACACGCUCAAAGAUGUCCCGGCCAUGUUUGCUCCAGCUUGCCUAUCACAUGAAAUCAUAACAAGGAAUUACUGGAUCGACGUUCAGGUCAAAGGCACUUCCCUGCCAAGAGCCCUGUACUGCUGGGACCGCAGUUUCUAUGACAACAGCCGGAACAACAAGGCCCCGCCCAAGGGCUGCCCAGUACAUUUGAUUGACAGCUGCCCCUGGCCGCACUGCAACCCCACGUGUCCCACCAUCCGGGACCAGUUCACAGGCCAAGAGAUGAAUGUGAUCCAGUUCCUCAUGCACAUGGGCUUUGACGUGCAGAAGAUGGCCCAGCAGCAGGGAAUGGACCCCAGCAAGCUGCUGGGUAUGCUCAGCAGUGGGAGCUAAAGUGACAUGAUUAAAGUGACAUGAUUAAAGUACAGCAGACCAGGGGGCUGGUCGCUAUGGGGCAUAAUCCUAACUCUGAGAUCCCAGAGAAGCGGAACAUCGUUUGUUUUUGUUGCCUCCCGCUGAGGGAUUUUUUUCCCCGGAAGGUUGAUCGUAUUUUUUACUUGUGAAGUGAGGGAUUUUUUUAAGCGUGUCUUUUUGUGGAUCUCAAGUUAGGAUUCAGCUCCAGGUCUCGUCCCUACACCAGAUACCUCCAGCUCUGCCCUUUAUAUUCCCAGACAGCCUGUCCCGAUUCCACCAAUUCUCUUCAGCUCACUUCUAAUCUAAGUCACACCUACAGUAAGGGCUAAACAAACGGGCCCCUAACCUUUGACCCUUUACCCCCAACCCACCGGACAGCUCCACUCACAAUCCACUACUGUUAUGAAUAAUGGUGCAAACAUGAUCCUAUGACUAAGCACACCUCUCCGCUACUCUCCUCUUAAAUUAUCUUUUGGUUGUAAAAGAAAAUGAAAAAUCACGAAUGUAAUCCAGUUUUAAGGAUGCUCAUUGUUUUGUUUUUGUUUGCUCUGUUCAUUUAUUUUAUUAUUUACCGUAAAUGUUAUCCUAUGUUCAUAGGUUUUAAUUGUAUCAUAGUAAAAAAGAGGCAUAAUACAGUAAUGAGUUAAGAAAGAUGUCUUUAUAAAGUAGGCUAGUCCAUAGAGAGUUUAUGAAGAAGACAGGAUGUUGAAGUUUUCUAACUGUCCAGCUCAUUUACCCACACAAUAGUCCUGAACAGGUACUCACACAUGAAAGCAGGAAAGCUUUAGACAGGAAGUAACGUGAGGUCCCAAAUGGCAACUCACGUGUCCCAAAUGGCAACUUAUUUUCUAAAUGGCGCGCUACUUCUGACCAAAAGACUGUCCAGAGUAGAGCACUGCAGGGAAUAGGAAGCCCUACAGGGAAACCCAGGGAUUCAAAGUGUUGAGGUUGUUCAUGUCAUAGAUAGAUUAGAUACCAUUCCCAAUGGGAAUGUGCCAGGUAUCAAAUCUGCUCUACAAAAUGCAUGUCAAUCUGAACAUUCUGUAACAGUGUACGCCCCUGAACAGGCCCUCAGUAUUUACCCCGGUCUCGUCUCCAAGGCCAUACAGUGAUAGAAAAAAGAGGGUGGGUGAGAAAGAAAGAAUGAAGUGACCCCUCACCCCUGAUCAUCACCACAACAUACUGUAACAAAAAACAUCAGAUUGUUCUUCAUUAGCUGCUAGGAAACAUAAUAAUCAAAUGGCUAACUGGCUGUCAGUUUGUUACUGUUAAAGGAUUGAUACCAUAACAACAUGACUGCAACCCAAAACUGACCAGUCAGAUUACAAGGCCUAAAUUAACAGUUUUGCUGUUGCAAAAUAUGUUCAGGUCCAUUUGAAAACUACAAGAAUUGUAUGAGGAACGAACUUUGACACAACCGUCAAUGGUAGUGAUUGGAUGCCACCUAUUGGUAAUCGGAGGAACAUCAUACAAGCUCGGACUUGGACUCCAGAAAUUACCUGGAGAUUGUUGGCUUGGGUCAGAACACAUAAAAAUACAACUGUAGACUAUUUCUAUGAUCGAACAGAAUGGAAGAUUUAAUGUCCAUUAGCGUGCCAGUCCGGAGUCCCAUGGUGCUCUCCCAGUUAUUUGUGGUGCUCAGGUGCCUCAGUGCAGGUUUUAAAUAGUACUCACUAUAUGUGAAAUACAUAUACAUUACCUGGCACACUGGAACCAAUACAAUAAUCCCAAAAGUGUAUGACACCUGGCACUCCUUCACGCAGGCUCAAUCAAAUGCCUAAGAGGAUACAUUUGCACAUCUGAAAAAGAAUGAAUCCCAGGCUCUGUAGUGCUCUGGCAACAGGCCCACAUUAAUUCCACAGUGCCAACGGAUGUAGUCUUCUUUACCUCUCAACUGAAUCACCAGCUAUCACUCCUUAAUAGUCAGCUAUGACAGUUUCCAUGCAUCCGGUAAAUCACUGCAUAAGAUGGUGACCUAAAUAUUAGAGCUCCUUUGCUGAACAACACUCUUUAGAAUAAAAGCAAUUUCUGUUCAAAGGGAGAAUAUUAUAUACUGGAUAAUUUUGAGUAUCUGAGUAUUUGUAUAGGUUAUUUUUUAUGUGUUCACUAUUGUUACUCCCUUUUUAUAUUUGUACUAGAAAAUCACUUUUUAAUAUAAGGGUAAUUUUUGUAUGUAAUGGUCAAUGUUAAGUCGUAUAAAUGAUGUUUUAAAGGACCUCUUUCACCAGAGACACACCAGAGAAAUAAAUGUAUUACUAAUUGUAAUUUUAUUCUGUAACAUAUUUUUUAACAGACAAAAAACUCAAGCUACAUUGAUAAUUUACAUA